UCUGAUACUGUUACACACAUAACUGUUGCCAGUAAAACAGUUUAGUUCUUACUGGUAGGAACUAAAAAUAGUGCUCUUAGAUGAGGGCACGGUAAUAAGCAACUUAAAUGUUACACAUAUAAAUUAAAUAAUUAAAAUGCUGUAAAUGAUCAAACAAUUGUAGAAAAUGAUAGACUUAAUUUUGAAUAUGUAUAAUAAAUAUAACUCAGAAUUAUUCCUACUGAGAUAUAACCUAUUAUCACAGUAUACUGCACAGCUCAACAAGCAACAAAAAUGAUAGUCAACAGUGGUGGUAGAAGUAUUCAGUAAAAAAACAAGUAUUAGCAGCAAAAGUGUUACUGUAUAUGACAUUAGAUUAUUAAUACUGAUGCAUCAGUGGGCUUCUGAAAUGUAGUUGAGCAAAAGUAUAAAGUAGCAUGAAGUGGAAAUACUCAAAGUACAAGUGCCUCGAAAUUGUACUUGAUGGUAAAUAAGUCAAACGUUUCUAUGGUGACGUGUUGUCAGGGGGUUGAUGUCAACAUUUAAGCGGGUCAACGACCAACAAUACUAUACUAUACUAUAUUUUCAUCCAUAUUUUGCCACAAAAACGUGUUUGUAAUAUAACGAUAUAAUAUUUUGCCGUAAGACUAUCUCGUCGAUGUGUGUGGUGAGUGGUAAACAACUGCAUGUAAGAAAUGAGGUCUACCUACAAGUUUCUUCUAUUGUGGUAGGUUGAAUUCACAAGAAAUUUAACUGCUAAAUUCAAUACACACAAUAUCGCUUUCAUUACUACUGCUCAUGCCGCUGUUAAGUUACACUACAUUUAACCAGUUUUUUAUAUAGGAAAGUAUAAUUAUCUGUGGCCGGUAUUUAACAAUGACCGGUUAGAUAAUCUUACUUUAAAUUAUUAUUUUUUUUUUUUUAAACGUUGUUUUCCGUUGUAUAUCUGAAACACUGUCAAACUGAAAAAAAAAAUCGAAUCAGUUUUAGUUGCAUAUCUGUAUAAUAUAUCUUAUUGCGUUUGAUAUCCAAUUAUAAAUUACCCUCCUGCUCUAUUUUGAAAGCAGUGACCGGAAGUUACACUGCGCUCUCUCUCGCUCUCUCUCUCUCCAAACAUUACCAUCGCAGUGCCGCCGUCAAAUCAUGCUCCGUGAUCAGCAGCAGCAGCAGUGGCGGCCGCAGCCUGGGCCCGCAGCAGUGUCCUCCUGCUCCGUCGGUGAGCCGUGAGCAUGCCACCGCUCCGACCUCCUCGUCCUAGUCUGUCCGACUCCUGUUUACCAGCGACAUGUAUUUCAACCGGAGAGGCAAGAAGAUACACAGCGAGGGUGAGCAGUUAGUGUUGACCACCAUUAGGCAGGAGGCUUCUGAACUGCAGGACCCAGGCGCUACCAUGCGCGCCCGCCUCACAGACAGGUUUGACAAAAGACCUGCUUGUUCGUCCGCCGGUUACCGCAAGGCAGAUGAUGAGAUGUCCGGGACCACUUCCCAGGCGGAUCCCGUAGACGCCACGGCGCGGAUUGUGCUGCUCAACCGGCCACAAAAUACCAAGUUCUGCGACAACCAUGUCAGCACAACCAAGUAUGGGGUCCUCACCUUUCUGCCCCGAUUCCUGUAUGAGCAGAUCAGGCGGGCUGCCAACGCCUUCUUUCUGUUCAUCGCUCUCAUGCAGCAAAUCCCUGAUGUAUCACCGACCGGUCGCUACACAACACUUGUCCCUCUCAUCUUCAUCCUCACCGUGGCCGGGAUCAAAGAGAUCAUAGAGGACUAUAAAAGACAUAAAGCAGAUAACACCGUCAACAAGAAGAAAACAACAGUGCUGCGGAACGGAGCCUGGCAGACCGUCAUCUGGAAACAGGUGGCAGUAGGAGACAUAGUGAAGGUGACCAAUGGCCAACACCUUCCAGCUGACAUGGUUAUUGUGUCCUCCAGUGAACCACAGGCUAUGUGUUACACUGAGACCUCUAACCUGGAUGGUGAAACCAACCUGAAGAUCAGACAGGGUCUUUCGCUCACAGCUGGCCUUCAGACCCUGGAGGAUUUGAUUACACUGUCUGGCCGUUUGGAGUGUGAAGGCCCCAACAGACACCUGUAUGACUUCACUGGUACACUGCGGCUGGAAAACCAAAAUCCUGUUCCCCUAGGUCCAGACCAGGUGUUGCUGCGCGGCGCCCAGCUCAGGAACACACAGUGGGUUGUGGGAAUCGUCGUCUACACAGGCCAUGACUCGAAACUGAUGCAGAACUCCACCAAAGCGCCACUGAAACGCUCUAAUGUGGAGCGAGUGACCAAUAUGCAGAUCCUAGUCCUGUUUGGCAUCCUGCUGGUCAUGGCCCUGAUCAGCUCUGUGGGCGCUGCCAUCUGGAACAGAGAACAUACUGAAGAGUCCUGCUGGUAUCUGUCCCGUGCUGGUGACAUCUCUACUAAUUUUGCAUAUAAUCUGCUGACGUUCAUCAUCCUUUACAACAACCUGAUCCCUAUCAGCCUGCUGGUCACACUGGAGGUGGUCAAAUUCACACAAGCCCUCUUCAUCAACUGGGAUGUGGAGAUGUACUACGCAGAGACAGACACACCAGCAAUGGCCCGAACGUCCAAUCUUAAUGAGGAGCUGGGCCAGGUGAAAUAUCUCUUUUCCGACAAGACAGGGACUCUGACCUGUAACGUCAUGCACUUUAAGAAGUGUACCAUUGCGGGAAUUACUUAUGGCCACUUCCCUGAUCUUGACUGUGAUCGUUCAAUGGAAGACUUCAGCAAUCUGCCUUCCAACAGCAAUAAUUCAACAGAGUUUGACGACCCAGCUCUCAUCCAGAACAUCGAAAAAGAGCAUCCUACAUCACCUCAGAUCUGCGAGUUCCUGACCAUGAUGGCUGUGUGCCACACGGUGGUCCCAGAAAUGGAAGGAAACCAGAUAAUUUACCAGGCCUCCUCACCAGAUGAAGGAGCACUGGUCAAAGGAGCCAAAGGGCUUGGCUUUGUCUUCACUGCAAGAACCCCACAUUCAGUCAUCAUUGAAGCUAGAGGAAAAGAGAUGAGUUAUGAGCUACUGAAUGUUCUGGAGUUUUCCAGUAACCGCAAACGUAUGUCUGUGGUGGUUAGGACUCCCAACGGAAAGCUACGGCUGUACUGCAAAGGAGCUGAUAAUGUCAUUUUUGAACGCCUUACUGAGGCGUCACAGUACAACGAAUUAACCAUUGCUCAUCUAGAACAAUUUGCUACUGAAGGCCUGAGAACUUUGUGUUUCGCCUAUGUUGACCUGGAAGAAGGUGCCUACCAGGAAUGGCUGAAGGAGUACAAUCGGGUCAGCACUGUGCUCAAAGACCGUGCUCAGAAACUAGAGGAGUGUUAUGAACUACUGGAAAAGAACUUAAUGCUGCUGGGCGCCACCGCCAUCGAGGACCGUCUGCAGGCUGGUGUGCCAGAGACCAUCGCCACUCUGAUGAGGGCUGACAUCAAGAUCUGGGUUCUUACUGGAGAUAAACAGGAGACUGCCAUCAACAUAGGUUACUCCUGUCGUCUGGUGACACAUGGCAUGUCCCUCAUUAUCGUGAACGAAGACUCUCUGGAUGCUACCCGUGCCACUCUGACUGCUCACUGUUCAUCUCUGGGCGACUCUCUGAGGAAGGAGAACGAGCUGGCACUGAUCAUUGAUGGCCAGACGCUGAAAUAUGCCCUGUCCUUCGAGCUCCGCCAGGCCUUCCUUGACUUGGCGUUAUCCUGCAAGGCUGUCAUCUGCUGCCGAGUAUCUCCACUGCAGAAGUCAGAGAUUGUGGAUAUGGUGAAGAAACAUGUGAAAGCCAUCACACUGGCGAUAGGCGACGGCGCAAACGACGUGGGCAUGAUUCAAACGGCGCACGUCGGAGUGGGAAUCAGCGGCAACGAGGGAAUGCAGGCCACCAACUCCUCUGACUACUCCAUAGCACAGUUCUCCUACCUAGAGAAGCUGCUAUUGGUCCACGGGGCGUGGAGCUACAACCGUGUCACCAAGUGCAUCCUCUACUGUUUCUAUAAGAAUGUGGUCCUCUAUAUAAUAGAGCUCUGGUUUGCCUUUGUGAACGGGUUCUCUGGCCAGAUCCUGUUUGAGCGCUGGUGUAUAGGCCUCUACAACGUGAUAUUUACUGCACUGCCUCCGUUCACUCUGGGGAUAGUUGACCGGCCGUGCAGCCAGCAGAACAUGCUCCGGUUCCCGCAGCUCUACCGAAUCACCCAGAAUGCAGAAGGCUUCAACACAAAGGUGUUUUGGGGCCACUGUAUCAACGCACUGAUUCACUCAAUUAUUCUCUUUUGGUUUCCGCUCAAAAUGUUAGAGCACGACUCUCCUUUCAGUAACGGUCAGGGAAAUGACUACCUGUUUGUUGGAAAUAUGGUUUACACAUAUGUGGUAGUUACAGUAUGUCUCAAAGCUGGAAUGGAGACCACCGCUUGGACCAGGUUUUCCCACCUGGCAGUAUGGGGAAGCAUGAUUCUCUGGAUGCUCUUCUUCGCUGUCUACUCCGCCAUCUGGCCCUCCAUCCCCAUCGCCCCCGACAUGCUGGGCCAGGCUGGCAGUGUGAUGCAGUGCUGGCACUUCUGGCUGGGCCUGGUCCUGGUGCCUACUGCGUGUUUACUCAAAGACUUUGCUUGGACCGCCACACGUCGCACUGUGAGGAAGUCUCUUCUGGAGGAGGUGCAGGAGUUGGAGGCGCGAGCCAUCGACCCAGGGGCAGCUGUUUUAAGGGAUGCCAGUGGACGCAGUCUAAACGAACGAGCCCAUCUGCUGACAAGAGUCUUUAGGAAAACGCCUUCAAGUGUAGGACGCUCAAACUCGGUGCAGCAGACUGUGUCACAUGGUUAUGCCUUCUCUCAGGAGGAACACGGCGUGGUGUCGCAGUCCCAGGUAGUGCGCUCCUACGACACCACCCGCCAACGCCCCAGCCUCUAGCCCCACCCCUGAUCAAGGCUUCGACUCACCGUAGCAACAGUUGUCAAAGGUGACAGCGGAGACAGACUUGUGUGACACCCUCACGCCGGGUGACCGACCCCUGCUGUGGCCUUACUGGAACUAUGACCUGACCCCUGGUACGGGGGUGGGGGUCACGGUUAGGCGUGGAGGCCGUCACUGGCGCAUGGAGGACUGACUUGAGAGAAGGGACCAGGCCGACUAUACGGAAUAAACAUUCUUCAAACUCACACAAGCUGCACAGGCAUGAGCAAUCGUAUCCACGCACAGACAUGACAAGUCAAACUCAGAGACUGCUUCUCAUAUCUGUAUACCCCACAGACUGGGUUUGGUUCAUGUUAAUGUGCGUUAGCGUGUGUGUGUGUGCGUGUGCGUGCAUUCCAGUGCGUCUUUAUCUGCCUGUGCAUGUGUGUCUGCACGCAUUGGCGCUCCUGUGUUUGUGUGCAUGUGUGUGUCAGUCCGCGCGUGUUUGUGUGUGUGUAUGUUAGCUUCCAUGGUUCCGUCACAUCUCCCUCUUGCGAGGUGGGUUUAGCUAGUCUGUUAUCACACGCCAACAUCGGAGGGGAGGGGGACGUCAAAAUAAACACGUACGCACACACACACACACACACAUACACACACAUACACACACAAAGGCGCAGAUGAAUUCCUUAGAAAGGGAGGGAGGACAGCGUAGACCGAGGACAGCGUAGACCGAGGACCACCGGAGCCCUGCACCCCCAGCUUCAGACCCUCGUUCCAUCGCAGCAUGAAGCCUCACUGCAAAACACCAAAGUGAUGUCACUGAGGCAAGACGCUCGCCCUAAACUGGACCACCACCCUGCAACCCCCCCCUUUCCCAUCAUUUUUUCCCUCCCUCAUAUCUCUCCAUCUCACAGCCUCCUCGUCUCACCUCCUCUGCGGCACAAAAUUCCACUUAUUGUUUUUCUUCUUGUUUUUAAUUCUGACUGCUCCUGUGAUUCCUGAUGCCGCCCAUCUAGCAUCAUCAGCUGACAUAGAAGCAGCAGCAACAGCAGCAGCAGCCUGGCAUUAGAGCUUCCUCCUUCAGUUCCGUUGGACUCACACUCUCUGCUGGACUGUUUUUUUUCUUUUUCAUUUUUAUUAAAGUGAACAUGUGUAUGUGUUUAUAAUUUCUUUUUUUUCCCAUUAAUGCCUGUUUUUGUACUCAUUUAUGGAGAAAUGUCUUAGAGGGAAUAUUUUACUUGAACUAGUGCUAAUAGGUGUCCAUACAGAAGGGAUUUGAUUGAGACACUCGCGUGGAUCAUGUGUUUUUCUGGCUCUGGGAUUUGUCUGAAUGUAGAGUCUAUUGUCUGUGUGCUUCCUGUUGAGGACACUCUGGUUCAGGAAUGCAAGACUGAAGGGUCGGGGAGGGAGGGAGGGAGGGAGUGGGUGGGGGGGUGUCCAUCCGAGUCCUAAUCAUUAAAUCUAAUCAAUCCAUGGCCUGACUAAAUGUCUCUGUCUCCUGACUGUACUCUACUCAUGCACUAUUUUCUGAAUAAUGUGAAAGGAGUGGGGGGAGUUUUGUGCCGAAAAUAGAAAAAAAAAGAUCAAAAAGGGAUGAUUUGUACAUGAGGAUACUUAUAGUUUCAUAUAUUAAGAGAAUCAAAACUCUCCCACGCUCCCUCUCUGAGCUCAGGAGAGAUGGUGUAGACAGACCAUUACCAGAUUAAUAUACCCCCACCCAAACCCCCUGUCCCUGGACACUGGACUCCAACUGGAGAUCCCUUUCCCACCCACCUUCCUGGACGUGUCCCAGGCCAAACCCAUCUACAGCUGCUCCAGUAUGGAGAAUCCAUCGGACUAGCUGGAGCCAGAGAGCCAUUUACGUUUCUCAGCUCAUCCCCGGUGACUCCCCGAUGGCCCGCUCAGCUUUCCACAUUAACCCCAGUUUCUGGAGAAGCCUGCCAACACUGCACCUCCACAGGCUUAAAGACGUCGUCAUAGUUUUAAACUGUCAACUGUUGCGGUUUAUUGUUUCGGGUGAUAUGACAGGUUUUCGUUCUGUCCACUGUGGGUGGUAGAGCUGUCUGAGUGUGUGCGUGAAAGAAGUGUUUCUAAUAGCUUAACUAUGUGUGUCUUUAAAAGGGGAUUAAGAAUUUGAGACCCUUCUUUGUGUAAACUUGUUCACCACACAACUUUGUUUUUUUGUGAACCAAGCCUCGUCUCCAAGCAUGUAUAUAUGUAAAUAUCACUCACCUGGAGUAGCCAUGGCAACAAAAAACCUCCCUUCUUUUAAAAGCAUAAAACGUGUAUAUUUACAACAGAAGAAGGUAAAAGGAGUUCUCAAAACACUG